AUGCAGAACUACAGUGAAAAAGAACUCGUGGCUAAGAGGCUCAAGGGCCAGCGGCUUGUUAUCCCGGACAUGCGUCCCAUAUUCGCACAUUGGCCCAGCGAACAAAAUGAGCACUAUCAUACGGUGAAAGAUAUAAUAGACAAGCAGAUCGCGGAGCAACCUAUGAAGGAUGAAGCUCGUACAGCAUUUUACAAUAUGAAUCCGUCUCUGCUCGCAGCAAGGUGGUGGCCAAGGUCUUCGGAAGAUAACUACCGGGUCUUAGUCGAUCUAAUCAUCUGGUUUGCCUAUUGGGAUGAUCUCUCCGAGAGCCUCGCUGCCGAUCCUAGUGCUGCCGAAAACCUUCGUAGCGCCACCAAGGUUCUCGGCCGCCAAUCGCUCGGUCUAGCAACUUCAGAAAAAGAUGUUGACAUUUCUAACCCGCUCAUACUUGACUUUAGGAGAAUUGGCGAGAAGAUUCGUACUGCCUAUGAUGAAGAGCAGCGCAAGACUUUCUUAGCUCAUUUCGAGAAAUACGUCGAUUCGACACGUCUUGAGGGAGAGGCCGACUUGAGUGAAACGCUACCCAGCCUUAAGAGGUACUGGGAGGUGAGGAUAUUGACCAGCGGCAUGGGCAUAUUGCUCGGCGUCACCGAAUUUGCUGCCGAAGUUAAAUUACCCCGUCAUAUAGUCAGCUCAGCUGCGUAUGAGAGCUUGUGGACAACGACUAUCGUAAUUAACUCGAUUGUGAAUGAUUUAAUAUCUUUCAAGAAGGAGAUGAAAGCGGGAAGCGUGUUGAGCUCCGUCGCUAUACUCUACCAACAAGUUGACAAUCUUGAUGCGGCAGUGCAGAUGUCGGUUGCCCACCUCAAAAUACUAGUCGACGAAUUUGACCGCACGGCCAACAUACUGCUGUCCAAGUUUCCCCUGAGCCCCGAAGAGAUCGAGUCUGUCUCGAAAGUCAUCGAUACUCUCAGGAUGGUCAACACUGGGAAUCUAGAGUGGAGGUUUUUUGCAGGCGAAGCGCUAUGGAGUCGCUGA